AUGGGUAAUUCUAUGAUGGAUUUCUUUGUCCGUGAGACCCGUGCUAGUGUGGAAGGUACCUUGGCCAUUAUUAGAUUUGGCUCAUGUGGCACAUUAUCACAUUUAGCACCCCCUGGUGCUGUCAUUGUACCCUCUGGUGGUUACUGUAUCAGACGUAAUAUUGACUACUUUGCCGAUGAACCUGUGUACCCUGAACUCAAGGAUAAACCCUACCUCUUUUCCGGGAAUUUCAAGGCUGACGAAGGCAUGAAAGAGAUUUUAGUCAAGACACUUGAAGCGGCACUGGCGCCUGUGGAGGCUGAAAACGAGUAUGUAGGUCCUGUAUUGACUGGUGGACUUAAUGCCGAUGGUUGCUCCUUCUACUCUUCUCAAGGUCGCUUGGACCCUGACUUCUGGGAUGACAAUGAAAGCUUGCUCAAGGAUAUUGUUCUCAAGUACCCCAAGACUCAUUCCAUUGAAAUGGAGACAUCCAUGCUAUUCCAUCUUGCUCGUUGUGCUCGCGAUCCUACCAAGCCUAUCAAAGCUGCUGGAUGUAUGCAAGUCUUUGCUGACCGUCUUGCCAAUUCUUUUAUCCGUCCUGAAAUUGUUGCUGUUUUGGAACCUCUUGUUGGCAAGGCCUGUUUGGACGCAUUGAUUCAAGUGGAAGUGGAAAAUGAGAUGUCAGUAGAGGGAACUGUAUGGGAGCCUGUCAGUCAGCGUACAGCUCAAGAGUAG